CCGGCCUUGGGGGCGUCCUCACCACCGCAGUACCCGCCGCGCGGCUCAGGGGCUCCCCGGGGGCGCCCACAGCCUCACCUCAGCCCCCGGGCGGCCACUGGCAGAACUCAGCCUCGCGCAUGACGUGCCGACGUCACACCUCAUGCCACGUGCCGCGGCGUCUGCGAGGACUAGCGCAGAGGCUCAUGGGUACGAGAGUCAGAAGGAAGUGAUAGCGGUGGGCCCGUGGGCUGCGGGGCUUUCACUUCCGGGGCGGGGAGGCUGCGGUGCCGGGAGGCGGAGGCCGCAGCCAGAAGGCCCAGGAGCGCGGAGGGCGUGGACCGCGAUGCCCGCGGUGCGAACCCCGCACCCGCACCCACACCUGCACCGGCGCGGACUGCGCUGCACCUUCCUUGCCCCGGACGGUGCGCUUCCGGGUGACGACAGCCCUCGGCCCUCAGAGUCUCGCAGCCACUGCCCCAGGCCAGCCUCUGCUGAGAGCAGCUCUUGCUCAUUGUCAGAAGGGGUUCUUUGUUUGAAAUCAUUUCUUUUCCAGCAAAGACUGCUUUAAUUAGCAUAAUGUAUGCUUCAUAUGCAGCACUCAUUUAUUUGGAAUGUUAAUGUUCAAGAGUUGCGUCAACAGAGGUUUAAAACUGGACAGUUCCCUAAUCAUUUAAUGAAGUCGCCUGGCUGCUCUGGGAUCCGCUACCAUCGUCCUUGCCAGAGAGAUCCUCCAUCACCACGUGAGCUCAUCCGGGUUUGAACCCCGGCUCUGUGUGAUAUGGGGCACGUCGCUGAAUUUCGCUGUGCUGCAGUUUGCACAGCUGUAUGAAAGGCCUGCCACAUAAGGUUGUGCUGAGAAGUGAAUGCUUCACUCUCAAGUGCUUCGGAGCGGGUCCCGCCCGCGGGAAGCGCUCCAAUCAUGUUGGCUGUCCUCGCUAAGGUCCUUCCAGCUCUGACAGGCACCAACGCCCGAGUUCAAGCUGUAUUUAACAUUUUAGUCAAGACGGACAGGCGCUCAGGAACCAGUCCCGGAGCGGGUUCAGCGUGCACAGAUGCUGGGGCUGCAGAAACCCCGGGGCGGGUUCAGCGUGCACAAAGGCCGAGGCUGCAAAAACCCCGGGGCAGAUUUAGGGUGCACGGACGCCGGGGCUGCACAAACCCCGGGGCAGGUUCAACGUGAACGGACUCCGCGGCUGCACAAACCCCGGGGCAGGUUCAGCGUGCACGGACGUCGGGGCUGCACAAACCCCGGGGCAGGUUCAGCGUGCACGGACGCCGGGGCUGCACAAACCCCGGGGCGGGUUCAGCGUGCACGGACGCCGCGGCUGCACAAACCCCGGGGCAGGUUCAGCGUGCACGGACGCCGGGGCUGCACAAACCCCGGGGCGGGUUCAGCGUGCACGGACGCCGCGGCUGCACAAACCCCGGGGCAGGUUCAGCGUGCACGGACGCCGGGGCUGCACAAACCCCGGGGCGGGUUCAGCGUGCACAAAGGCCGGGGCUGCACAAACCCCGGGGCAGGUUCAGCGUGCACGGACGCCGCGGCUGCACAAACCCCGGGGCGGGUUCAGCGUGCACAGACGCCGGGGCUGCACAAACCCCGGGGCGGGUUCAGCGUGCACAAAGGCCGGGGCUGCACAAACCCCGGGGCAGGUUCAGCGUGCACGGACGCCAGGGCUGCACAAACCCCGGGGCAGGUUCAGCGUGCACGGACGCCGCGGCUGCACAAACCCCGGGGCAGGUUCAGCGUGCACGGGCGCCGCGGCUGCACAAACCCCGGGGCGGGUUCAGCGUGCACAAAGGCCGGGGCUGCACAAACCCCGGGGCAGGUUCAGCGUGCACGGACGCCGGGGCUGCAGAAACCCGGGCCGGUUCAGCGUGCACAGACGCCGGGGCUGCAGCAACCCCGGGGCGAGCUCAGCGUGCAGACGCCGGGGAAGCUAGUGGAAAACGCCCCGCCUGCCCCAUCCGGGGGGCGGGCCCCGCGUGGGCCUGGACGCUAACGGGAACAAGCUCGGCGGGCCUCGCCGUGACUGCGCGGAAGCCCGGCCGGAGGCUAACGGCUAACGAACGCGAGCCCUUGCGGAGAAGGGCCGCCAGCAAGGCCAACAACACCCCCUCCUCGGGCCGCGCCGCCGCCGGAAGCCCGGGCUCAGGCCCGCCGCCCAGCCGGAAGCAGCGCCUCUCGCGAGCCCCGCCCAAGCCGCGGCGAGAACGCAACUCACCUUCCCGGAGCUCCUCGCUCCGCCUCCGCAGGGCCGGCCGGCCGCCCAGGCCG